CGGUGCGGGGAAAAAGGCCUUCCCCAGUUACUAUUCAUUUGGACUUUUCUCAUUUGCCUCUCAAAUAUUAUUUUCCUUUCAUAUUAUGUGACACUGAAUUGAUUGGUCGAUAGUGAGCAUCACUUAUCGAGCUUCUAAUUUGUGGUACCCCAGUUAAUUAAUAUGGUAUGGGACGUUCAACUCCGGCCCUACCCUCUCCAAACCAUCUUUGCAUUCGCUUUUUAAACCCUCUCCGCUCUGGCUCCUCCCUGCCAGCCAUGUCUUCUAGCCCACCCUCUCCUUCCUCUCUUCCGAGGUGGAUAGCCAUAUUCCGGCGCCGGAUUUCAUGUACCGAGAGCCACGGCGACAACCCAGUGGACUGCUACGCCUGCACCGAAGUGGGCGUGCCGGCGUUCCACUCCACCAGCUGCGACCGGGCCCACCAGCCGGAGUGGCAGGCCUCCGCCGGUUCGUCCCUCGUCCCUAUUCAGAACAGGUCCAGCCAGAAAACCCGGAGGAACAGGCGCCGGCCUGCUGUGUUCGACCCCCGGAGCGGCAGUGUCAAGAGGUGGAACCGGGCUUUCUUACUGGCGCGCGGCGUCGGGCUGGCCAUCGACCCCCUGUUCUUCUACGCGCUGUCCAUGUCCGUCGGCGGGCCCUGCCUCUACAUGGACGGCGGCAUGGCGGCGGUGGCCACCGUGCUCCGCACGUGCCUCGACGGCGUGCAACUCUUCCACCUGUGGCUCCAGUUCCGGCUAGCGUUCGUGUCCCGGAAGACCAUGGUGGUAGGCUGCGGCAAGCUCGUGUGGGACCCACGAACCAUCGCUUCCCACUACGUCCGCUCGCCCAACGGCUUCUGGUUCGACAUCUUCGUCAUCCUUCCUGUUCCUCAGGCUGUAUUUUGGUUGGUUAUACCAAAAUUGAUCAAAGCCGGGCAGAUAAGGCUGAUGAUGUCGAUCCUUUUGCUAAUCUUCUUGUUCCAGUUCCUCCCCAAGGUCUACCACAGUAUCUGCUUAAUGAGAAGAAUGCAGAAAGUCACAGGCUACAUCUUCGGCACCAUUUGGUGGGGUUUCGGCCUGAAUCUCAUCGCCUACUUCAUCGCCUCUCAUGUUGCGGGAGGGUGCUGGUACGUUCUUGCUAUACAGCGCGCGACAUUGUGCCUAAAGCACUACUGUGACAAGAAAAGCAUGUGCAUUCUCUCUCUGUCCUGCUCAGAGGAGGUCUGUUACAGUCUUUUACCGGCUGCCACAGUUGGAGUUGGGAAUUCAUGUGGCCGCAACUCCACAGCCAUGUCCGCAUCAAACGCAUCGUGCUUAGAUGUCCAUGGACCUUAUCCUUAUGGGAUUUACAAAUGGGCUCUUCCUGUCAUUUCCAGCAACUCUCACUCUGUUAAGAUUCUAUAUCCCAUAUUUUGGGGUUUAAUAACUCUCAGCACUUUUGGCAAUGAUCUCGAGCCCACAAGUCAAUGGCUGGAGGUUGUGUUCAGCAUAUGCAUGGUGCUCAGCGGCUUGAUGCUAUUCACUCUUUUGAUUGGGAAUAUUCAGGUGUUCUUGCAUGCUGUAAUGGCAAAGAAGAGAAAAAUGCAGGUGAGAUGCGGCGAUAUGGAAUGGUGGAUGAGGCGGCGACAGUUGCCGUCUCAACUGAGACAAAGAGUCCGCCAUUUUGAGCACCAAAGAUGGGCUGCCAUGGGAGGAGAAGAUGACGAGUCCGAAUUUAUCAGAGACUUGCCGGAAGGCCUCCGGCGAGAUAUCCGCCGGUACCUCUGCCUAGACUUGAUCAAAAAGGUACCCAUCUUCCACAGUUUGGAUGAUCUUAUCCUCGACAACAUCUGCGACCGUGUAAAGCCCCUCGUUUUCUCCCAAGGAGAAAAGAUUAUAAGAGAAGGAGACCCUGUCCAGAGGAUCAUCUUCAUCGUACGCGGCCGCGUCAAGAGCAGCCAGAACCUCAGCAAGGGAAUGGUGGCCACCAGCGUGCUGAAGCCCGGCGGAUUCCUCGGCGACGAGCUGCUCUCUUGGUGCCUCCGACGCCCCUUCGCCGACCGCCUUCCGGCCUCCUCCGCCACCUUCACCUGCACCAAAUCGACCGAAGCCUUCGCCCUCGACGCCACCCACCUCCGCUACAUCACCCACCACUUCCGCUACAAGUUCGCCAACGAGCGGCAGAAGCGGACGGCCAGGUAUUAUUCUUCCAACUGGAGGACCUGGGCGGCGGUGAACAUUCAGCUGGCCUGGCGGCGCCACGUGGCCAGCACUACUGGAGGUCCGGUGACUCUUGGAGGAGGAGAGAGUGGCGGUGAGCAGCGGCUCCGGCAAUAUGCCGCCAUAUUCAUGUCGCUCCGGCCACACGACCACCUGGAAUAA